AUUACUACUUGAUUGAUUCAAUUCUAGAAGCUCGAGCGAUUAUCCUUUUCGCUAGAGCUGCCUACAUUUGCAUUUUUCGGGAUUCCUGAGAUGAGGAUUUCCAACACGGUGGCCGAGCCUCGGCAUCGUCAGACUGGGGAGGGUGACGAUCUUUCGCCAACCAAUUUGCUGUCGAAUUGGGAUGAGAAGAAAGUUCGAAAGGAUGCGGAGAAGAAGAAACUUGAGGAAUCUGGGUCAUUCAGCUACACAUUCCUGGAACGGAAGAGGAACAAGGCCUUCACAGCUCUGGUAUUUGCCGCAGCCUCCCUAAUUACAUUGCUGCUGCUCACAACUUCUCAGAGCGAUGUUGUUCUACAGAACUUGAGAUCCCAGGAUAGAAGACAGUUGGAUCAAAGGCCGUAUUCGACUUGCAACGAGGAUGGUGUCUUGAGAUGGCUGCAGUCGUCCAAGGAGAUCCGAGCGUUGAAGCGGACUAAAGAAGCAUUGCAAGUUGGUCUGGUUAAUUUCAAAAAGCCCGAGUCUAUCAAGUGGGAGCUCUUCAGUGGCGGGGACGAGAGCCCACACUUAUUCAAGUUCAAGACGGUAAAGAAGAGGCUCGACUGGUCCUCAUUUUUUCCGGAGGAUAUAGACGAAAAUGAUCCAACAAACUCGAGCUGUCCGAACAUGCCGAUGCCGUCAGUGCCGAAGAACCUGACUCUGGAUCUUGUCGUCGCCAGCAUUCCGUGCGACUCGCCGAGCAACGACUGGGCCAGGAAUGUGAAUUGCUUGCAAGCUUUUCUCGCAGCAGCCAAGGUGGCAGCUAACACAGGGACAGAUUUCGUCUACGUCGCCUUGUGUGGGAAAUGUAGGCCGAUCCCAAACCUCUUUGUCUGCCAGGAACUCAUCGAACAUCAAGACGGUUACUGGCUAUACAAGCUUAAUCUUAAAAGAGUCCGGGGACUGCUCGCGCUACCAGUCGGAUCGUGCCAGUUAGCGAUGCCACCAAAAGCCAAAGUGGAGCACGUCGAGUCGCGGGAGGCGUACGCAACGAUCCUUCACUCGGCCCAAUCGUACGUAUGCGGUGCUAUCAGUUUGGCUCACAGCAUUAGAUCGACCGGCUCGACUCGGGACUUAGUUCUUCUCGUGGACGAGAGCAUUAGACUGGAUCAGAGACAGGGGCUGGAGCUGGCAGGCUGGAAAGUUUUCACCAUCCAGAGGAUCAGGAACCCAAAGGCCGAGCCUUCGUCCUACAACGAGUGGAACUACAGCAAGUUCCGGCUCUGGCAGCUCACGCAGUACGACAAGAUCAUCUACAUCGACGCCGACAUUGUUCUCCUCCGCAACCUCGACUUCCUGUUCGACUUGCCCGAGAUCACCGCGACGAGAAACGACCAGAGCCUGUUCAACUCGGGGGUGAUGGUGAUCGAGCCUUGCAACUGUACGUUCGAGUUCCUGGUUGACAACAUCGGCAGCAUCGAUUCUUACAAUGGUGGCGACCAGGGGUACCUGAACGAGAUCUUCACCUGGUGGCACAGGCUCCCCGGGACCGUCAACUUUCUCAAGCACUUCGACAACAACACGGUGGAGAACCGGCGCAAGCUCCAGCUCUUCACGGCCGAGCCUCCGGUGCUGUACGCAAUGCACUUCUUGGGGAUCAAGCCGUGGCUGUGCUUCCGGGACUACGAUUGCAACUGGAACCAGGACCAGCUCCACAUCUUCGCGAGCGACCCCGUGCACGCGAUGUGGUGGAAGAUCCACGACACCAUGCCGGCGGAGCUCCAGAAGUUUUGCGUGCUCCAGGGGACGCAGAAGUUCUUGCUCGAGUGGGACAUUAUCAAGGCGAAGAGGAAGCGCUACCCGGACGGGCACUGGAAGAUCAAGAUCGAGGACCCGAGGUGGCACGGAGUGAAAUCGCAGAGCGUGAGAAAGAGGAGGAGAUUGCUGGAAGAUUGAAAAAAAUUUGGAAGAACUCGUGGAGGGGAGGAUGAUUAGAAGAUUGUUUUCUCGUAACGCUGUAAAUGAAUGGAAAAAGAAAGAACGAAAGAA